AGUCGGUGUUUACCGCCACCGAGUAGACCGUGCGCGCUUUCACGUGGCUAUGAUCGCCGUCGGCUACGUCAGUGACAGAAACUCGCGGACUUUGUCGAAGCAAAGACAACUUAAAUUAAUGUAAAUCAUAUCUAACAAAGAGAUUAUACAUUUUGUGAACCGCGCGAAAAUCAAUCGUCGGGCGAUGUUGUGCGACGCAGUGCGAAUCGGCAACAAAGUUCUUAAUCAUUGAAAAAAAAAAUCGUGCCGGUUUAUUAAACGAAAACGUUAAAGAAGUGUUUUAUAAAAGAUUCGUAUUCUUUCCGCUAAUACAUUGUUUACGCCGCGCGGACGUAGCGAGGCGAGGCGAUAGUUCUGGUGAAAGCACUCGGGAUCAUUUCGAUCGCCCCGCGGACUUUCGCGCUAUUAGGCGCGGUAAUAAAACGCGAGCCUCGGGCGUGCUCGCGCCGCUUCAACGGAUUUCCGAACGGCAGACUCGCGAGUGAACGUUCCGUGAUUACGAGUGAUUUGCCCCGAUCGAUCGUCGAUGGCGAAAUCCGCGGCAGAGAAUGGUGCGUUUAUCUGCGAGCCGGAUCUAUGACUUGGCGAAUGUAUAGCGCGGGUGUGUUUACGGAUCUAUAUCGCGCCUCGCGAAUUGUGCUCGGUCUUCGCCAUCGCGCACGUGUCCAUUCACGUGUUGCCGCUCGCGCAAUUUAUUUUCUCCGAAGGACACAAACCGAUGGGAAAUCACCGGAGCCUCAAGAGUCCGCACGUUCCCCCUACAGAAUUCCCACAAUCACUCGAAUCUAAUCCCCACAAACAUUCGAAUCUAAUCCCCAGAAAUAUUCGACCUCGUGCAUCUUGACAUGCCCCGAUUUGUAAGCCGUCGGAGAUUGUCAGUCUGCUCACGCCGUAAAUCCCUGAGCGUUCUCCAAAUCCGUGCGUCUCUCGAUCGGCGCGAUUAACACCUUCGAAAGGCGGCCACUCUCGGACGAAUCUUACGCCUGACAGUCAACGAAGAUACCCUUGAUCGAGGUCACUCGCGAGUUUCCUAGUCCCGCAAAGAUGACGUCCGUUCGCUCGUUCCGUUUGCCGGUGCUCCUUCUCGUGGCCUGCGUUUUUCGCGCCUACGUCUUCGGCGAGCAACGAUUUCUCGAAAAACCGCAGCCCUACCAGGAAGUGCUGUCCGAUCAUGACGUGAAACUGAACUGCAUCGUGCAAAACAAGAGCGGCCAGUGCAUCUGGCAGAAGGACCGAAGGCCGGUGGCUAUAGAGCCGAAAAAGUACGAGUGGGCGAACAACCGCGGCAGCGGUGAUUGCUCCCUUAUAAUAAGACAGGCCAAUCUAACUUUCGACGACGGCUUCUGGGAGUGUCAGGUCACCUCCAGUGGCUUCACCCGCCAGGACGCGCUCUCAUCCGAACCGUCCAGACUUCUUGUAGUGGUGCAACCUAAAGAGCCUCAGCUGAAAAAGGACGGGGCCGUUCUGGGCGCUACCCUAUCGCUGGAGGAGGGGCAGUUUGCAGCGAUUUCCUGCGAUUCGAAAUACGGAAAUCCGCCCGCCGUCAUCAAGUGGUACAUAGGGAACAACGAGGUGAGACCUUAUUCGCCGCAGACAAACGCAACGGAGGUAGAUGAACCGAAGACUUGGGUGGCUCAUAGUGUUUUACGGGUGCAUGGUGAGAGGGAGAAACACGGUCUGCCGAUUCGAUGUAUGGCCGUCCAUCCAACGGGCUCGAUUAGCACAGAGACGCGACUGGACAUUGCUUAUUCGCCGGAAGUGAGACUCGACAUGAGUCCGCAACCGUUCACAGCCGCUCCAGAGGAUUCGGUGAGUUUCGUUAGCCUGAAAUGCCUGGCGAACGCUAAUCCGGUCCCGAGCAUCAAGUGGUUCAAAGAUUCGGUGCCGCUCAGCGUGUUAAUCGACACCGCGUCUCCGCCGUCGCUGAUACAAGGCAAAACGACGCUGGUGAACGACACCAUGUGGGCCGCCGAAUUGCGCUUCGAGCCGGUCACGAGGCAAGACGCCGGCCUGUACUCGUGCAAGGCGACGAACAACGUCGGUGAAAGCUCACCCGCGAGUUCCAGGCUCGAUGUGCAAUAUGGACCGAAAGUGAAGAGCAUGAACGGAAACAACACAUUUGUGAACAUGGAGAAAACAGUCAAGUUAGGCGACACCGAGGACCCCUUCGAGUGCACCGAGUUCGAAGCUAAUCCGCCCGCUCAAUACAGAUGGGUGCAUCUUCGUGGUAGCUUGACAGAGGCGAUCGAGAAUCGUAUGCAGAACAGGGGCGGCGGUCGACGCUUGCACCUCAAGAACAUCAUGUGGUCCGACGAGGGGGAAUACCGUUGCAUCGCCUUCAACACGAUCAACGGCGUCAGGCGAGAGAUCACUAGUGACGCACGCUACGUGCUGCACGUUACUGGACCGCCGGAGAUCCAGGUCAAACCGUCGCUCGGCGACAGGACCUCCUACGAAUCCGUUGGAUGGGCCGGAGAACCCGUGCACAGGCUCAAAUCCCGAUUCUGCUCGCGGCCACCACCAACCAUGGUCGCUUGGGAAUGGGGCAGUUCUCACAUUCGAGCUGGACAGACCAUUGAUCCGAAGUACGAGGCCCUACCGAUGGAGCCCAUUUUUGAGAACAAUUUGGUGACCAAUUGUUACUGGGCCAAGCUGGAAAUCAAGGAUUUGCGAAAGGAAGAUGCUCGGGUGUACACUUUAUUGGUGAAGAGUAUCCAAGGCUCGGACAAGACGACCAUCAAAUUGAUAGUGAGAGACCCUACGGAGAUGCGCGUGAUAGCCGCGGCCGUGGCGGUCGGUCUGUUGCUCCUGUUGCUACUGAUCUCCGUCAGUGUGUACUCGCUGCUGAGAAUGCGACGCGGACGAUACCGGCAGAAGGUGGAGGAGGAGGGCAGUAUCGCAGCCGAUGCGCUUUAUAGUAACGGCGCGUCGAUGAACCAACAAAAGUCCAUCAAUUCGUCCCACGUGAAGACCUUCACGGGGAAGUCCAGCUUGGACGGCGGCCAGGGCGUGUACGAUUACAGCCGCAUCGCAAAGCAGACGCGUGCCAUGAGCCCGGAAGCGCUGAAAGUCAGAAGAGCACCGGCGGUCCUGCAGCCACCCACCAUCGUGUAAAGUGUAAAAUACACGGGUCUCCUUCACUGAUAUCAAGUCCCCUCCUUCGUAGUCAAAUCCUCCCCCUAGCAAUGAAUUCUACUUUUGUUAUUCUUUUCCCCAGUCUCCCAUCAAUUCCUUCUUAGAAUAUUUUCUCUUAGAUAUUUUUACUGUAAAUUAUGUGUGUAAAAUCAGAGAUACUUUAUAAUUAUUUUAAUGACGCGAUACACAAUGUGUAUGUUUGUGUUGAAUGUAUAGUCUGAUGUUUUAUAUAGAUGUUUUAUCGAGGACACUAGUGCCCUCGCGAGAUUGUCGACUGUUGUUGCGAAUCUCUGUAUCGUUAAACAAUUUUUUUCCCCUAAAUUUAUUUAUUGUACCGUGACGUGUGUUGUUCAUUGUAUUUUACUAUAGUAAGACUACAACAGCAAUCUGUUCGAAAUACAGGCACGUUGUGAUAAAUAUUGUAUGAAGAACUCGCGUACCGGUGCAAAGUAUAGUCCGCGUCGUCGGAGCGGAACGAAGCGUAACUUUAAUAGCGGUCGCAUCUCAGUGAUUUUAAUGGCGGUUGCGCGACGAGGCGGGAUCAGUGCAAAACUGGACCUCACGGAAACUGUUAUAUAUACAGUUCCCGAUUUUGAUAUUUCCCAACAUGUAAUGUAGAAAAGAAUUCUAUGUUUGAAACGAGCAUCUUGUUUCGAGAGUGAUGCAAAACAUUAUUUAAACUUUAUAUGUUCGAGAUAAAUGACUCAAAUAGAGAA